AUGAGAUUCUUCCCAGUGUUAAGACAAGCAGCUAGAAUUCCAAAUGUUCUCGUUCAAAAUGCUACACACAAAGGUUAUCCAACUGGUUUGGCUGGUCUUCAAUCCCACCCUGACCCAAGACCUGCUUUAAUUUCAAUUUAUAAGUUUACAUUAGAUUAUUUAAAGGAAAACUUUCCUAAAAACUCAGUUUACAGACAAUCCACUGAAAAUUUCACCAAGAAAAGAUUGGAGAUUGUUGAAGGAAAUGAAAUAGUUGAGAAAAUUGAAACUCAAAUUAACGAUGGUUUAAUCGAAGAACUAGUAAUUAACGCUGCCAAUGAGUUUGAAUUAGCACAAUUGCUAGCUAAAGAAAAAUGUUGGGAAGAGUUGCAAGAAAAACCAUUGCCUGAUCAAUGGACAUAUUUUGGCAAAGAAAUAUAA